UUCAAAUACAAUGUGAAUCAGCAUUUAAAUUAGAAUCCAACCAAUAUCCAAUGAAAUUAAAUGAUAUAUUGAAUGACCUGGAUUCGAUUAUUUAUUCUGCGGAACACGUUAGAUUUUGGUGGUUUCCUCAUACGGAGAAUUGUAUUAUUUGGAAAGCCGAUCGAACAACUGGGGAUUUGAAAAUUCAACAACCCAGUUAUUUCAAAGAUCACAUAGUUUCAUAUCACCUUUAUCAAUUUUUGUUAUACAUUACUCGAUAUUUUCCGUCAACGGUUCCAUUAUUAACAACUCUAAUGUUUAAUUACAAAUUCUCUCAACCAAAACAAGUCAUAAAUGCUUCUUAUAAACAAUUUAACUUUGAUUGUUUAUUUCCACAUUAUACCAACGAAUGGGCUAUACCUCUGGAAAAAACCAAGGAAGCUUUAGAAAAAUUGUAUAAAUGGAUAAAUGGUAAUGAUGUUUUUGUUCAUUUUCCUGUUGAAGUACGAUUUGUAGAUAAAGAUGACAUUUGGCUAAGUCCUGCUUACAACAGAAAAGUUUGUUAUAUUGGCAUUGUUAUGUAUAGACCAUAUAAAAAGCCCGUCCCUUAUAAAAGGUAUUGGGCUGCAUUUGAAGAGAUAAUGAGAUCUUGUGACGGGAGGGCACAUUGGGCAAAGGCACAUACAAUGACAGCAGCAGAACUCGAAAAAUCAUACCCAAAAUAUAAAGGAUUCAUAGAAUUACAAAAAUCUUUAGAUCCAAAUGGAAUGUUUCUAAAUCUUUAUUUAAAAAGACAUUUAUUUGGAAUCG